AUGGCGAAGGACACAAUAACAGUGGUUUAUCGUUAUCUGGCGUUGCUCAUUACGAAGCGCAGAGACGGUUUCAUCUCGGACGAGGCCGACUUUAGCAGAUCGUACAAGCCGAGAUGGCAUAUGGUUUUCUCCCGGCAAUGUCCCGUGAUGUUCAUGUCUUACUCUCACGUGGGCUAUUUGGUGAUGGCUGGCGUUUUGGGGUUGAUCUUCAUCCUUUGUUCCGUUUGGAUCUAUUACUAUGUCCAGCUGGAUGGCCAGGCGAUGAUUCAGAACUAG